GGAGCGUAGGAUCCGGAAACACUUAAGCGUGUUAGCUGGUUGUGUAUAUAUUUGUCGACCAGGCGGCGUUUUUCUCGGCUGAAGCUGGGGUGCAGGGUCUGAAACGUCUUCUCUUUGAGUCUCCUGGGGUAGAGGACAGAGGCUGCCACAACCUGGGCCGCGGCCUGGGGCCCUGCCUUGGGGGCCCCCACUAGCUCGGGCCAUGCCUGCGGCCGCCGCCCCCAUUAUCAGCUCGGUUCAGAAACUGGUCCUGUACGAGACUAGAGCUAGAUACUUUCUAGUUGGGAGCAAUCAUGCAGAAACAAAAUAUCGUGUUUUGAAAAUUGAUAGAACAGAACCAAAAGAUUUGGUAAUAAUUGAUGAUAGGCAUGUAUAUACUCAGCAAGAAGUGCGAGAACUUCUUGGCCGCUUGGAUCUAGGAAAUAGGACAAAGAUGGGACAGAAAGGAUCAUCUGGGUUAUUUCGAGCUGUUUCAGCUUUUGGUGUUGUAGGCUUUGUCAGAUUUUUAGAAGGCUAUUAUAUUGUGUUAAUAACCAAAAGGAGGAAGAUGGCAGAUAUUGGAGGUCAUGCAAUAUAUAAGAUUGAAGAUACAAAUAUGAUCUAUAUACCCAAUGAUUCUGUACGUAUUACUCAUCCUGAUGAAGCUAGGUAUCUACGAAUAUUUCAAAAUGUGGACCUGUCCAGCAAUUUUUACUUUAGUUACAGCUAUGAUUUGUCCCACUCACUUCAAUAUAAUCUCACUGUCUUGCGUAUGCCCCUGGAGAUGUUAAAGUCAGAAACGACCCAGACUCGCCAGGAGAGUUUCGACAUCUUUGAAGAUGAAGGAUUAAUUACACAGGGUGGAAGCGGUGUAUUUGGGAUCUGUAGUGAGCCUUAUAUGAAGUACGUGUGGAACGGCGAACUUCUGGAUAUAAUUAAAAAUACUGUCCAUCGUGACUGGCUGCUGUAUAUUAUUCAUGGGUUCUGUGGGCAGUCAAAGCUGUUGAUCUAUGGACGACCUGUGUAUGUCACUUUAAUAGCUAGAAGAUCCAGUAAGUUCGCUGGGACCCGUUUUCUCAAGAGAGGUGCAAACUGUGAGGGUGAUGUCGCAAAUGAAGUGGAAACGGAACAAAUACUCUGCGAUGCUUCUGUCAUGUCUUUUACUGCAGGAAGUUACUCUUCUUAUGUGCAAGUUAGAGGAUCAGUUCCCUUAUACUGGUCUCAGGACAUUUCAACUAUGAUGCCUAAGCCACCUAUUACAUUGGAUCAGGCAGAUCCAUUUGCCCAUGUGGCUGCUCUUCACUUUGACCAGAUGCUUCAGAGGUUUGGCUCCCCCAUCAUCAUCUUAAAUUUAGUGAAGGAACGAGAGAAAAGAAAGCAUGAGAGAAUUUUGAGUGAAGAACUCGUAGCUGCUGUGACCUACCUCAACCAGUUUUUGCCUCCCGAGCACACGAUUAUUUAUAUUCCUUGGGAUAUGGCCAAGUACACCAAAAGCAAGCUGUGUAAUGUUCUGGAUCGCCUGAACGUGAUUGCAGAAAGUGUGGUGAAGAAAACAGGCUUCUUUGUAAACCGCCCUGAUUCAUACUGUAGCAUUUUGCGGCCAGAUGAAAAGUGGAAUGAACUAGGAGGAUGUGUGAUUUCCACCGGUCGCCUGCAGACUGGUGUUCUUCGAACCAACUGUGUGGACUGUUUGGAUCGCACCAACACAGCACAGUUUAUGGUGGGGAAAUGUGCUCUGGCUUAUCAGCUGUAUUCCUUGGGCUUAAUUGACAAACCGAAUCUACAGUUUGAUACAGAUGCAGUUAGGUUAUUUGAGGAACUCUAUGAAGAUCAUGGGGAUACCCUGUCCCUUCAGUAUGGUGGUUCCCAACUUGUUCAUCGUGUAAAAACCUACAGAAAGAUAGCGCCGUGGACCCAGCACUCAAAAGACAUCAUGCAGACCCUGUCUAGAUAUUACAGCAAUGCCUUUUCAGAUGCCGAUAGACAAGAUUCCAUUAAUCUCUUCCUGGGAGUUUUCCAUCCCACUGAAGGGAAACCUCAUCUCUGGGAACUCCCGACAGAUUUUUAUUUGCAUCAUAAAAAUACCAUGAGACUUUUACCAACAAGAAGAAGUUAUACUUACUGGUGGACACCAGAGGUAAUAAAACAUUUACCACUGCCUUAUGAUGAAGUUAUCUGUGCUGCGAACUUAAAGAAGUUGAUAGUGAAGAAGUUUCACAAAUACGAAGAGGAGAUUGACAUCCACAACGAAUUUUUUCGACCAUACGAGCUGAGUAGCUUUGAUGACACCUUUUGCUUGGCUAUGACGAGUUCAGCGCGUGACUUCAUGCCUAAGACUUUUGGCAUUGAUCCAAGUCCGUUUACAGUGCGUAAGCCAGAUGAAACCGGAAAAUCAGUAUUGGGAAACAAGAGCAACAGAGAAGAAGCUGUGUUACAGCGGAAAACGGCCGCCAGUGCCCCACCGCCGCCCAGCGAGGAGGCCGUGUCCAGCAGCUCUGAGGACGACUCCGGGACCGACCGGGAGGAGGAGGGCUCCGUGUCCCAGCGCUCCACGCCAGUGAAGAUGACUGACACGGGCGACAGUGCCAAAGUGACCGAGAAUGUGGUCCAGCCCAUGAAAGAGGUGUAUGGAAUCAACCUCUCAGAUGGCCUCUCAGAAGAAGAUCUCUCCAUUUAUUUAAGAUUUGUGCAGCUGGGGCAGAGUCAACAUAAACAAGACAAGAGCAGCCAGCAGUUCUGUUCCAGGUGCCCAGAUGGAGUUAUAAAAUUCCUCUGCAUGCAGGAAGGGGAGUUCAGAUGGAUACUGAGGAAUCUAAUUUAUGUUAUCUGUCGGAGUCUGCCCUGCUAGCUACCCAGUUAUCUAUGCAUAUUCCUCUUGCUAUAAGUAGAACCCACUCCUUCCCCCAUACAUCACCGCAUCCCACUCAAAGCCCAGGAUCUCUGGGUUUUGUGGAGCUCUCUUUAAGUCCAGAUGAGGCUUUUUGUGAUCUAGUGACCUGUAAAUUAAAAGACUGCCUGUCUGCUCUCAAUAUACACUGGUGGCAAAGGAGGAUUAAAACUCUCCAGAAAGGGAGAGAAUAGAAACAUACAAUUGCCAUUUUAUUAGCAGUCAUCAAAUGCCACUAGGCAAGAAUGGUGAAAGCACCCUGCUCGCAUCAGAUGGAGUGAGGUCCUUGAGUAGCCAUGGGAAGGACUCCCUUGUUCAUUAAAAUCAUGACCCAAAUCUAACUGAUAUCCUAGCCAUCUCCCAUUAGCUGCAAUAAAAGUAAAGCUGAUAGGCAGUCAUUUUUUAAUUUUCCUAACUUUACCUGUAUUUCUUUCUGCUGCCAUAGUUGUAAUAAUGCUUGAUUAGCCAGAUGUAAGUGAACCGUGAGAUUAAGGGCUCUACCACAUUCUCUGCACUUCCCCCAAGUCUCUGCAUCACUAGGAUAGCAGCCACAUCUGGACCCUGUGGUAUUCACCUGUCUCUGAGGAGACCAAGUCCUGAUGGAGUAGAAAUGGGAGUUGAGCUGGAAAAGAGUUUCUCUGAACAAAGCCCUGGGUAAGGAGAAGUGGUGUGGCAAUGCCUCCCUCCGCAGCAAGGACAGUAUAGCCAUGCAGGCAACAAUAUGUCACAUUUAGGGACCGUCCAGCUUUGGGGAUGGGUGAAAAAUAUACUUUAAAAACAGACAUGCCUAGUUGGUUCUGGGAAGAAGACGGCAGCAACAUAGUUUUUUAAAUCUCUGAAUCAUCACAUAAAACAGAACAACUAGGGAGCACAACCAAAUACACAUGGGCAGUAUUUACCUCAAACCGCAUAAGUUAUCCACAAAUCACAAAAUAUAAGCAGGUGGUGGAGGUAAACCGCCAACAGCCAGAAGACCUGCAUGAUAUUCGUGCUGUACGAGAGGAAGGAGUCAGGAGGGGACAGCAGGGCAUCUGACAGACCUGAGACCAGGAGAGCCCCAGAGUAGCUAAGAGGAGUGCACUGGAAAUGACUGCGGGCUAAUCUGAGCACAGCAGCUGAAACUGGGAGGGGUUUUACCCAAUUCAGUGCCAGCUGAGUGCAGGGACUCUUGGUGGGUUCUGAAAAGAGCUGAGGCAGUCUGGGCCAGAUUAACUCCUGAACCCGACGGCCAAAGCUCCCUUCCAGGCCAGGGCACCCGUCUGAGGAGAAAGUGCCGACAGUGGAGUCAAAACUGGGCAGGACAGUGGCAGGAGGCAGGAGGGAAAGAGAAAGUCCAGAUAGAAGAGGGGAGAGAGAAGAGGUAAAGGAAAUCUCAGAAAGCAAGCUGCCAUGUUUUUAAACAAGUUAGUCAGAUUUUCCUGAACUACACUCCAUUCUAAAGGUUCAGGAAAAUUUAAUUUUGCAUAAUGAGCAACAGGAAAGUAUCGAGGUCCAAACCCAUAUAAAGUUAUUAGGAGAAUGAAAGAACACAGAGCAGAAUAACAUCCCUCCGUUGAAAGCAUGCCAGAAAGACAACUUGAUAAAAGAGGUCAAAACUGAAGCAUACUAUUUCAAAAUGAGCUUAAAAUACAAAACGUUAAAAUUCAAAAAGAAACGAAGAAAAAAAGAUUUAAGAGAAAGUGUCAAAUAUUGGCAAUAGGCAAGGAAGAUUUAGCAUGGAUAGGAGUCGUCUUGAUGAAGAAAAACAAAGCAAGGGAACAAAAAAAAUACUAAAAACAGUAAUGCCAAUUUUUUUUUCUGAAAUAUAAAACUACGUGUUUGAAUAGCACAACACAUACCUGAGAAUAGUGACCAAAAAUGAUACAGUAUAGUAUGUUAACUGGACUUUAAAGGAAAAAGAUCCUUUAGACAUCUAAAAAGAGAAAGUGACUUUUAAGGGAAAGAAAAUUAGAUUAUUCUCAGGCUUUAUGUCAGAGAAAAAAAACUUUAUGUCAGAAAAAAAAAAAAAUGGAGCACAGAUGGUCCCCAGCUUACAAUGGUUCAACUUAAAAUUUGGGGGCUUUACGAUGGUGCAAAAGCAAUAUGCGUUCAAUGGAAACCAUACUUCAGAUUUUGAAUUUUGAUCUUUUCCUGAGCAAUGAUAUACAGUAUGAUACUCUCUUGCGAUGCUGGCUCCCACUGGACAAAGAUGGGAAAAUUUGCACUUCAAUAAGGAUAUUAAUUACAGUAGGAUGGAACUCAUCAAAUAUUUUUAAAUCCAUGAGUUUAUGAUGAUUUUCUAAAAAUCUGGUCACCUUAGAAGGAUGAUAAGGAACUAUUUCAUUAUCUGGAAAACAAAGAAUCAAGCAUAUGACUCUGAAUCAUAUGAAUUGUACCGUUGGGUAACCAAACAAGAGAUGAGGAAAAAAAUCUUUUUAAAAAAGUGUGACAGGGCUUCCCUGGUGGUACAGUCGUUAAGAAUCCACCUGCCAAUGCAGGGGACACGGCUUCGAGUCCUGGUCCGGGAAGAUACCACAUGCCGCAGAGCAACUAAGCCCGUGCGCCACAACUAUUGAGCCUGCGUUCUAGAGCCCACGAGCCACAACUACUGAAGCCCAUGCACCUGGAGCCCAUGCUCCGCAACAAGAGAAGCCACCGCAAUGAGAAGCCUGCACACUGCAAUGAAGAGUAGCCCCUGCUGGCCGCAACUAGAGAAAGCCCACGCACAGCAACAAAGACCCAAUGCAGCCAAAAAAAUAAAUAAAAUAAAUAUAUUUUUUAAGUGUGACAACUGAUAAAUGAAAAAAAAUAAGAUAAUUAUCAUCUGGCAAUCCCCAGUGAACUAAUGGAUCUAAGCAUUGCAUAUCAGUGACUGGAUCUAGGCAUUGCAUAUCAGUGACUGUGGGCAUCAAAAAAGAUAAACAGCUAGACACUGUGGCCCUCCUGAUGACACAGCACUCUACCACCUGUGGUCUCGCCACAGCAGUUGAAGCAAAUUCUCACCAAGCCUCCGGAUCCAAUUGCUGGCUUGCAGGAAAUAUAAAGGACAGAGGAAGAUUUUUGAACUGCAUCAUGAAUAUGCCAUCAGCAAAACCCAGACGAGAGAAACUCUACAACCUGGUUUCUUCGACAACUUGUAAGGAAAAGAUAGGAGGGAGAAUCUGUAGAUUAAAAGGCCUAUCACACUUUUAAACUAUAGUCUCGGGAUGCACAAUUGAAUGAAAAAAAAUCUUUUUUUUUUUUUUUAAAGUGCAAAGAAGUGCUUACUGUAGAAGUCAGGUUGAUGGCUACUUAUGAGGGGAGGGAGGG